AUGACGACAUUCGAUCUUGCUGCCGCUUCGAACCACCUCCUAUACACUGGCAUAACUAUCUCGCCGGUGAAAGUUGUCAAAGCCAGUGGUACCUAUAUCUCGGAUAUUGAUGGACGUCAAAUCCUCGACUUCACCUCUGGCCAACGGAGCUCUCUGCUCGGUCAUUCCCACCCCGAAAUUGUCGAUGUGGUCAAACACCAGAUUGAGACGGUCGAUCACCUACACAGCACCAUGAUCACCCAGCCCGUGGCAGAUCUAGUCCUACGAUUGGCUCGCUUACUGCCUCCCCCUCUUGAAAAGACACUCCUAUUGAAUACGGGAUCGGAAAGUGUGGAGGCAGCAAUUAAGCUGGCUAAGGCCUACACUGGAAAAUUCGAGACCAUUGCUUUGACCGCCAGUUACCAUGGUCAGACAUGCGGUGCCAGUGCAGCCACUUUCUCCAAGUAUCGGAACACUGGACUCCCAUGCAUGCCUGGCCAGCUGGCUUUCCCUGCACCAUAUGCAUAUGGAUCGCCAUUUCAGCGUGAUGGGAAGUACUGUUGGGAGACCGAAUUUGACUAUGGAUGGUCCAUGAUCGAUCGCCAGAGCGUUGGAUCACUGGCAGCCUUUCUGAUUGAGCCAAUUCUUUCUGGUGGUGGAAUUUUGGAGCUCCCUCGCGGUUAUUUGACGCGAUUGAGUGUUGAAUGCAAGAAGCGGGGGAUAGUGCUGAUCGUUGACGAGGCACAGACGGGUCUUGGGCGGACAGGCAAGAUGUUUGCUUUUCAAGAAGAGGAAGGAUUUGUCCCGGAUAUUCUUCUAUUGUCCAAGACACUAGGCUGUGGACUCCCUCUUGCGGCUCUUGUCACAAGUGCUGAAAUUGAGAAGGGCACUCAUCGGUCAGUUUUCUACUGGAACACAACGCACCAAAAUGACCCCUUGACCGCAGCCGUUGGAAAUAAAGCCCUUGAGAUUGUCGAACGUGAUGGACUCUGUCAAAAUGCGACCGAGCGCGGUGCCCAGCUGACCCAAGGUCUACUCGGACUUCAGGAGAAGUAUAAGGAUUGGAUUGGAGAUAUCCGUGGCCGGGGACUUCUCCAGGGGGUGGAACUGAUUCCAAGCCCCGAUGCUGAAAUGAAUGCGAAGGAUUUGGGAACUGCAGUUGUAGAGAAAGCUCUGGCCGGUGGACUGUCAUGUAGUGCUGUUCCGUCUCCCCCCCCUGCGCAGGGAUCUGUUAUUCGCUUGGUCCCACCGAUCACUGUAUCAGACAAGGAGAUCGACCAGGCUAUCCAGAUUCUAGAUGAAACGCUUGCAGCUCUGCUAGUGCAGUAA